CGUCAGAAGUUUGCGCGUGACGUCAUCUGUCUUUGUCCAGCUGCAGCACGAGCUAACGCAGUAGAAAUGAGUCCCGAGUAACACGAUGGGAUUUGAGCGAUAUUUCAGACAGUGAUUCCGUACAGACUCAUCAGUAUAUGUGAAGAUGUGCGAUCUGAGCUCAGCGCUCAUUAAAGAGGGCUGGUACCUUACAGAUGAAGGAAUAGAGGAGUGUAAAAGUUCAUCAGAGAAGGAGAAAACUUCACCGACUAAUAUCAUCCAAGUAGCACUAAACAGUGAUCUGAGACCCAUCGGAAAGAGCUUUCUGCCGACUGACAUCAACAGUGGACGAAUAGAAAAGUUGGAGGGCCCGUGUGUCCUUCAGGUGCAGAAGAUUCGUAAUGUCUCUGCUUCUAAAGAUCAUGAGGAGUCGCAGGCGUCGCCCAGAAUGCUGCGUCUGCAGAUGACGGACGGACACACGUCAUGCAUCGGCCUCGAGUUCGAACAUCUGUCCAAAAUCAGUCUGAACACUCCUCCUGGAACCAAAGUGAAGCUCCUGGGGGCCGUUCAGGUUAAAAACGGCCUCCUGCUAUUGGACGAUUCCAAGAUCACGGUUCUUGGAGGCGAAGUGGAUCACAUGAUCGAGAAGUGGGAGUUACAGAGGAGCCUGGCCAAACACAGCCGAAGAAACAUUGGUGCAGAAGGCGGACCUCCUCCAUUCGUUCCCUUUGGACAGAAAUGUGCUCAUAAGGAGCAGGUGGACAGCAGAGCUCUGGAUCAGAGGAAGACCCUGCAGAGCACUAACGCUGUCAAAUCUGCUGAUGACAACGACGAGUUUGAGAAACAAAGAACCGCUGCUAUCGCAGAGGUCGCCAAGAGUAAAGAGGCGCGUACGUUCGGUGGUGGAGGUAAUGCAGGUGGAAACCUCGCCAAUCCAGGAUCCACCUACAAGAACCGAGACACCUAUCAAAGAAGACGAGAGGAGAGAGAAAAGCCGUGGGCAGAGAACAAGUCAGAAGGAGUUUACAGAGAUUUGGUUGAUGAGCGUGCUUUGAGGGACAUCAUGGAGAUGGGCUUUAACCGAGAGGCGGCCAGACAGGCCCUGCUGGAUAACAACAAUAACCUGGAGGUGGCCCUCAACUUCCUGCUCACCGGAACAAACCAGCCCAAAGCGGCCCAAAUGGAGCAGAGCCGCCCACCACCUCGAGGAAAGGGUCGUGGAAGGGGACGCUCCAGACAAGAUGUGGAUGAGGAAGCAGGAGGAAGACCAUCUGGACCCAGCACACUGUUUGACUUCCUGGAGUCAAAAAUAGGGACAUUGUCCAUUGACGAGUCAAAGAACCAGCAUUCAUUUCAGGACCACCAGUUUAAGAUGACUUUCCCCAACACCGAUCAUAUGUCCAGAGAUGCCGCCCAGUCCAAACACCCUCCCCGAAACGAGGGACGCCCGCAGAGAAACGACAGGCCUCCACGCUUCCAGAAGGACGCAGACUUUCCUAAACCCAGCGCAGCCUCCUCCAGUGUCUCCCAGCCGCAGAAAUGGAGGGACGGAGAGCGAACGGGAAGAGGAGGAUCAGAGCGAUGGAAGAACGACUCUCAAGAUGCAAGAAAUAUGUACACCUCGAUGGGGAAGUCCAGGGAACAGCAGGGUCCCACUGGAAAAGAGCAUAGUGGGUCAAAAAGCUUCCCCCAGGAACCACAUAACGGCGGAUUGAAAGAGCAGGAUGGGACAGGACCUGCAUUGUUUAGGAAAAACCAAUCAAACGGACCCGCGGCUCCCAAAUCCUCAAAUCCUGUUGCGUCAAGCUCGGAUCCUAAAUCCAGAAACGAACCCAACAACAGAAGGAAAGGCAAGCCAGAAAGACCCAAUUCAGGCUACUUUGAGCGCUCCCAAGAUGCAACAAAAAAAGACUUUUCGCAAGAUGCCGGAUCAGGUCAGGUGAUCAAAGUGGGCGGGGUUUCAAAUGCGCAGUUCCCUAAUGGUGAUUUAGAACACAGACGGACCGGUCCAGUCAAGCUGCAUUCUUCAGCCCCGCCUCAAAAACAAACCAACGCACAUAACUCGGCCCCCAAGAAACGAUCUGGACCAAUCAAAGGUCCGAGAGAGCAGACGGAUACAAAUAAUCACAUCAACUGGAGAGCUGGUGACCAGUGUCUAGCGCUCUACUGGGAAGACAAUAAGUUUUAUCGGGCGAGAAUCGACGCCAUCCACCCUUCGGGCUCCACGGCUGUGGUUGUCUUCAGCGAUUACGGCAACUGCGAAGAAGUUCUGCUUCACAAUAUCAAACCUCUGCACAUGGAUGUGUGGGAUGACGAAGACGUUUACUAUGAGAAUUCACUUGAAUUUCGAAGAGGAGGAGAUGGACAACCUCGCCGCGCUCGACCGACACAACAAUAUUACCAACCGCCACGUGCAAGAGACUGACACACACUCUCACACACUCACAAAUCCACACUCACAACCUUUCACUAGCAAGGAAACUCAUUUGAUUUGUUCAUUACUCCUGGAAAUAAACACAAUUACUCUUUUGGUAAACCUGCACGCUUAGGUCAGGACUAGAUCAGGUUUACAGCUGUUACUCUUCUAGCAUUGUGUAGUUUCUGUAGAACAGUAUAAAUGCAACAUGAUGUUCUCUGCCCAUGCAGGUAAUUAUCAUCUCGUUAUCCACAAGUAAACGACUCUAAUUGGAGAACAUUACAUGCAGUUUGUUGUACCUUUUCAGAAGCAUCAUUAGCAGCUAAAUAUAUAGGAAAUGCUAAUAGAGUGAAUAUCAGAAUAUUUCACUCCAAAAUAAAAGAAUAGGAAAUUAUAUUUUGCAUUGUGACAUUAUUAGUGUUUUUUUAUUAGGGCUUCACUAAUCAUUAGGAAUGGGAAUUAUUAAUAAUUAAUUUAUAAAUUAUUAAUAAUUCCUAUUACUGUUAUAAAAAAGUAAAAUAUAAUUUUUUAUAACAGUAUUUUUUAUUUUGAUUUAAAUAAAAUAAUUGUAUUACUGUAUUUUUCUAACGGAAUACAGUAAAAAAACAAUAUUACAGUAGUUUCAAUCACACAGAACUCAAUGCAUCCGGAUGAUGAUGUGAAUUUGUGGGGAAAAUAUGCAAAUGAAAAUGUCACAAUGCAAAAAAACUGAAUGAUCCUUAAUUAGGCUUCAUUUUCUUUAUGCAAAAUUUCUUUUUUUGAUUUUGGGGUGAAAUGUGACCUGGACAUGAGAACUAAUGAGAUUCACUAAAUAAGCAUUCAUGAAAAUGAUGCGCUGUCACAUGACAAUGCUUUGGUUACAUGCCUGAGUGAAUCUGUGCGAGGUACUCGCUGCGAUAUGCACGGUUUCAUGCGAGUUAAAACAGCAGCAACAAUACAACAAAACCGUAUCUGAUACAUUUGUGCUUGAUCUCAAAUAUGUUUUUUCAAUUCAAAGACUGAUGAUUUGAUCUCUAGCUGAGGAGAUGAAAGAACAUAUCUCAAAAAUAUCUGAUCCCUGUCUUGGCAUGGGAGACGGAUCCGUAAGGGCUUGCAGCACAUGUUGCAUUGAUGAUUUCUGGACUCUGUGAAACUUGCCAUGCAAACGGCUGCUGUACACGGUGACUAUUUGUAAAGGACUUGAUAUUAAUAAUUAUAAAAGCGUUACGCUCUUUUG